GACCAUGGAAUAAAGUAUUGGCUGUUAUUGAAGGGGCUGAAUCUGACAAAUCCAAAGAUAUUUCCACCAUGUCAAGCAUCUACAAAACCCCACAGGUCAGUUAUGGUUUUGUUUCUGAUGCUCUUAUGGACAAAACUCAGUUCCCUUUUGUCUACCGAAUGGUCCCCAAAGAAGAACAUCAAUAUCUGGGGAUAGUCCAACUGCUCCUGCAUUUCAACUGGACUUGGAUUGGCCUCAUCGCUCCAGACACCGAGAACGGGGAUAGAUUCAUGAGGACCUUGAUGCCUCUGCUAACCAGGAACACAAUUUGUGCUGUCUUCUCAUUUAGCAUCCCAAUACAGAAUGAGGAAAAAAAGAUGCUUUUAACACUAUUAAAAAUAAUACUCACAUGGGAGAAAGUCAAUGUACUAAUCUACUAUGGAGAGAUGCGCUACUUCUUUAGUACAAUACAUAUUUUGCAAAAUAAGGUUGAAAAGUCUAUAGGACCCACUGUGGGGAAAGUCUGGAUCACAACAGCUUUGUGGGACCUCACCUUGACCUUGUCUCAUGAUAUUCUUUCUUCCUUGAACAUGCAUGGGUUUUUUUCUUUCUUAACUCGUAUUAAAAGGCCAAACUAUGACGAUUAUGACACACUUCUCUAUUCUAUUUUUCAGUUUGGGUAUAAAACAUUUAAUUGUUCAUAUUCAAAGCACAUACUGUCUGUGAAGGGAAGGAAAAGGUGCAGGGAAGAUGAAAUUCUGGAGUCCCUGCCUGACGAAGUGAUUGAGAAAACCCUGUCUCUGGAUAACUACAGUAUUUACAACCUUGUCCUUGCUCUGGCACGGGCCUUAAAGGCUGCGCUUUCCUCCAAAUCCAAUCAGAUGGUGGCGAAGGGUAAAAAGAGGCUGAAAUAUCAAAGGAUACAGUCUUGGCAGACCCUUCCUCAGGCCAGGUGUACCAAAAGCUGUCGCCCUGGAUAUGCCAAGAAGGUUGAGGAAGGGAAACCGAUUUGCUGCCAUGCUUGUGCUCCAUGUGCGGAAGGGAUGAUCUCCACUCAGGAAGAUGCAGACCACUGCACCAAAUGUCCAGAAGAUCAACACCCUAACAAGGACAGAGAUCAAUGCAUCCCCAAGAUUAUCACCUUCCUGUCCUAUGAUGAAUAUCUGGGGACCCUCUUGGCUUCCACUGCCCUGUUUCUGUCCUUAAUCACAGGCCUUGUUUUAGGAAUAUUCAUUAAAUAUCUUGACACUCCCAUAGUCAAAGCCAACAACAGGGACCUUUCCUACAUCCUCCUUGUCUCCCUCCUCCUGUCCUUUUUGUCCUCCUUUCUGUUUAUAGGCCGGCCAAGGAAAGUGACCUGCCUUCUCAGGCAGACAGCCUUUGGCAUCAUCUUCUCAAUUGCUGUCUCUUCUUUGUUAGCAAAAACUAUUACCGUUGUGCUGGCCUUCCUGGCCACUAAGCCAGGAAACAGGGUGAGGAGAUGGCUGGGAAAGAGUCUGGCUAAUUCCAUUGUCAUUUCCUGUUCCAGUAUCCAAAUUCUCAUCUGUGUCAUCUGGCUGGGAAGCUCUCCUCCAUUCCCAUACUCUGACAUGCACACCCAGGUUGGAGAGAUCAUCCUGCAAUGCAAUGAAGGGUCUGCUGCCAUGUUUUACACUGUCCUUGGCUACAUGGGCUUCCUGGCUGUCAUCUGCUUCAUGGUGGCUUUCCAAGCCAGGAAGCUGCCUGGGUCCUUCAAUGAAGCCAAGCUGAUCACCUUCAGCAUGCUGGUCUUCUGCAGUGUUUGGGUGUCCUUUGUUCCCACCUACCUGAGCACCAAGGGGAAAUACAUGGUAGCCGUGCAGGUCUUCUCUAUCUUGGCCUCCAGUGCUGGGCUUCUGGGCUGCAUCUUCCUUCCCAAGUGCUACAUUAUCAUCCUCAGGCCUAGUCUGAAUACAAAGGAGCACCUGUCUACAAAGGCUUAA